AUGAUGCGAUCUUUCAUCCCUACUAUGAUUGUGUUUAAUAAUAAUAAUAAUAAUAACAACCAUGUUGACCAAAACAAUAAUAAUAACCAUGGCCGGGCCAUGCAGCCACCAGAGUUGCCUCUGGGUUUAGAGGGGCCCUCCUGGGCUAUGGACAGCCAUGGCUGGGAGAUGGGGAAAAUGGUGGAGGAGGAGAAGGGUGGAAGGGGAUGGGAAGAGAUGAGAGGAUGA